AUGCAACAUCUAACAUCAAGUCCGUACCCACUUUUUGGUGACGUUGGCUCCGUGCAACUUCGACAACAACAGCAGCAGCUACAAAGACAGCAACAACAGGUCUCAUCCGGAAUGAUACCUACCUCGAUGGCUCUAUCCCCAUCAACAAUGAUACUAUCCGUAAACACUAAUGGGUCUGUGUCGCACGUUAGUCUACCACCAGGCUCAACCAUCCUGGCAGUGCAUCAACACCACCACGGAUUAUCUCCCAACGUAAUGAUCUCAUCUUCUGCUACAAUGCCACCGCAACAGCCCACAUACAUGAGCAAUCUAGAGUCAAUGAUGCACCAUCAGCAACAACAGCAAAGCCCUCCGCCGCCAUACAGUGAACGUAAUAUGGUCGUAUCGUCCAAACCGUUAAUCUCUUCACCCCCUAGUCAACGCAUCACACCACCGUAUUCACCACGUGAAAGCACCGUAACACUCAACAAUAUCUUGGGCAAUCCAUACAAUAACACCUCUCCUGUGCUGACGUGGAAGCCUCAUUCACCACCACAGACUCCCAUGCGACGUUUGCAGAAACUUGAAAGUGCACAAGACGCACGUGUCAACGAUCAUAGUCACAACCAUAAUCACACUAGCAACAAUAGCAACUAUGCUAGUCGUACUCAUAGUGCUGAUACCACCCGUCAUAACUCGCCUAAACGAUCCAUUACUCCACAAUCUCCCAAAGUCGCAUCAUCUACGCAUUCGUCGCCAAGCCAUGGUAACAGUAGCAAGACAAAGUCGCCUGCUUUGUACAAGACUGAGAUUUGUCGAUCUUUUGAAGAGAAUGGUGGACGAUGCAAGUAUGGUAACAAGUGUCAGUUUGCACACGGACUCAAUGAACUCCGCCCACUUGACCGUCAUCCUCGAUACAAGACUUCCCGUUGUAAGACAUUUUGGGAGACUGGAAAUUGCCCUUACGGAAAGCGCUGUUGCUUCAUCCACACUACACGAGAUGUGGAGGACAAGGCUACCAAGUCAAUAGUCCUUCGAGCACCUGAACCACAACGUUCACCAUCACCAUCUCGCCAUCCACGUCGUCGUACACAAUCAUCCGACGACCACGCAGCAAUGAACGCCAGAAUCCAAAAGGCCCUGUCCGAAUCGUCAUCGGCUAGCAGCGAACACAAUGAAGAAACCUGGUCACCGUCCUCCUCAUCGGCAGGUGGUAAUACACCCAUGCUAAACAAUGAAGGAUUUGAACCUGGUGUAGUAGGAACCUACUUUGGCAAUAAUAGCACCAAUACCAACAACAAUAAUAAUAGUGUCAGCAGUAACAUUAAUAAUGAUAUUAGUAGAGAUGGAUCGACCUUUCCAUCAUCCUCGUCAUCAAGUGGUAUAUCCACUACAUAUGAGAUGAGUGAUGCAAUGAGUCUACCAUCCUUUGAUUUUAGUGGGGCUUUUGGAGACUCGUCGUCUGGUCGUCGACGCUUACGAGCUGUUACUGCACCGGAUUUGCUCUUGUUGCCUAAUGGUAGAGCACGAAGGACCAGAUCUGAGACAGUUGAUGUUGGUGUGUUGACGUGGGAUGAUGCUCUUGCUGAUUUGAGUGAGAAGGUGGCUGCAUCGUGUGUUGAUGACUGA